GCCGGGGGGCGAGGGGCGCGAGGAGGGUCCGGGACCCACGACCCAGGCUCCCUGGCCCCUAUCCAGUGGGUCCCGGAGACAGGUGGGCGGGUGGGGGAUGCCCGCAGGAGAGGGGAGCGGGACGGUGCGCGCCACCACCCACCCCGCGGUUCGUCCGCGCCCAGGCGCCCAGCGCGUGGCCCGAGCGGCGCUGCCCGCCGAGCCGGGACCCCCUCGGCCCCUCCCUUCAGCCGCGGGCCGGGGGCGGCUGCUCCGCAACCUUAUGUAACCGGGCGGGAGGAGCCGGGCGGGCACGGGCCUUCCCGGCCCGGAGCUGGGAGUCGAAGGGGCGGGAGGCGUGGGAGUGAACUUGCAAGAAGUUUGAGGGACGCGCGGGCCCCGCGCCCACUUCCCCUCCACCGGACGCGGCCGGGGCCCGCGAGGCCGGAGAGGGGGUCGGAGGUAGGGGAGGUGUGCGGGGGCCGAGUCUGGCCAGGCCUGCGGGGGAGUGGGAGGGCCGGAGCGGCGCCACGCCCCGGGGGCUGGACUGCUGGGGGGGCGGGUGGAAGUACCAUCUCUCCCUCCCUCCCCGUCCCUUCCUCUAGCUCCGUCUCUGGAAGAAGCCGCCCCUGGCCCUGUCCCUUCGAGUCCCUCCCUGGGCAGCCUCUUUCUCCCCGUGCGUUAUUCCAUGACCCUGGGGAACACCAACCCCGGAGCUCUCCCUCCGUGCGCCCGGUUGUCUGCCUCCCCCGGGAGCUCCCAGCCGCCGGCCCGCCCCACGAGUUUCCUCCUCCCCCGUCUCGGUCCUGAAUCCCGGAAAACACGCCCCCUUCCCCCCGAUCCCCCCGAGUCCGCGCCGCCCACCCCCGGGCUGUUCCGACCAGCUCUGGCCCAGCGCAUCCACUCGCCUCCUGGAAGGGAGCGGGCAGAUGCCAGCUCGGCCCCCACCCCUCGCCCCCUCCCCUCGCGGGGUUCCGGCUUCACGCACGGCUACCCCGAACUGCUCCGGGCUGCGCGAGCAGGGGUUUCCCCAACCACAGCUGUCAUGAAAACCAGGUUGGGCCUUUGUCCUGGGGAUGGAGGGCAGUCAGCACUUGGGGCCCAGCUUGGGGCUGCCCUGGAGAUGACCAUGGAAGUUGGGCUGGCCUCCUCCGAUCGGAAGGAGGGAGUUCACGGUUCUCACAGCUGCCAGAAAUGCCCACAUCCCAGGAUGCUGUGAACAUGUAUGCAUGCAUGUGCUGUGCGGAU